AUGGCUCUGAGCCCCUGGCCCCUGCUGCUGCUGCUGCUGCUGCUGUCCUGUGCAGUGACUCUGGCCCCUACUGGGCCUAAGUCCCAGGACCACGGCCUCUCCCUCCUGAAGUCCUUGUUCUCCACUUUGGACCAGGCUCCCCAGAGGAACCUCAGCCGCUCUCGCUUCUCUGCAUUCCUGGCCAACAUUUCCUCCUCUUUUGAAUCUGGGAGGAUGGGGGAGGGACCGGUGGGAGAGCCCCCACCUCCCCAACCCCCUGCCCUGCGGCUCCAUGAUUUCCUAGUGACCCUAAGAGGCAGCCCAGACUGGGAGCCAAUGCUAGGGCUGCUAGGGGAUGUGCUGGCACUGCUGGGACAGGAGCAGACCCCCCGGGACUUCCUGGGGCACCAGGCAGGCGUACUGGGUGGACUUGCAGAGGUGCUUUUGGGAGCUGUCGUUCCUGGGGGACCUCCUACCCCUACCCGACCCCCAUGCACCCGCGAUGGGCCCUCUGACUGUGUCCUGGUGGCUGACUGGUUGCCUUCUCUACUGCUGCUGUUGGAGGGCACACGCUGGCAGGCCCUGGUGCAGGUGCAGCCCAGUAUGGACCCCACCAAUGCCACAGGCCUGGACGGGAGAGAGCUAGGCCCCCACUUUAUACAGGGUCUGUUGAGUUUGCUCACCCCGGUGGGGGAGCUGGGCUCUGAAGAGGCUCUUUGGGGAGGUCUUCUGCGCACCGUGGGGGUCCCCCUCUACGCUGCCUUCCAGGAGGGGCUGCUCCGUGUCACUGACUCCCUGCAGGAUGAGGUCUUUUCCAUUCUGGGGCUGCCAGAGCCUGAUGCCAAUGGGCAGUGCCAGGCAGGCAACCUUCAGCAGCUGUUCUUAUGGGGCGUCCGGCACAACCUCUCCUGGGAUGCCCAGGCGCUGGGCUUUCUGUCUGGAUCACCACCCCCACCCCCCGCCCUCCUCCAAUGCCUGAGAACAGGUGCGCCUCUGCCCAGGGCUUCCCAGCCCUCUGCCCACCUCAGGACUCGCCAACGGCGCGCCAUCUCCGUGGAAGCCCUCUGCGAGAACCACUCCCCAGGAGCACCCUACACCAUCUCCAACUUCUCCGUCCACUUGCUCUGCCAGCUCGCCAGGCCCGCCACCCCGGAGCCCCCUCCCAGCAUCACUGCCAUCUGCCAGACAGCUGUGUGGUAUGCACUCUCCUGGGCACCAGGCGCCCAAGGCUGGCUGCAGGCCUGCCAUGACCAGUUUCCCGAUCAGUUCCUGGAAGCCAUCUGCACCAACCUCUCGUUUUCAGCCCUGUCUGGCCCCAACCGCCGCCUGGUAAAGCCGCUCUGUGCUGGCCUGCUCCCGCCCCCCACCAGCUGCCCUGAAGGCCUGCCUCCUGUCCCCAUCACCCCAGAGAUCUUCUGGGGCUGCUUCUUGGAGAAUGAGACUCUGUGGGCCGAGCGGAUGUGUAGGAAGGCCAGUCUGCAGGCUGUGCCCCCCAGUAACCAAGCUUGGGUUCAGCAUGUCUGCCAGGGCCCUACCCCAGAUAUAACUGCUUUCCCACCCUGCCACGUUGGGCCCUGUGGGGAACGCUGCCCAGAUGGGGGUAAUUUCUUGAUGAUGGUAUGUUUCAAUGAUACCAUGUAUGAGGCCCUAGUGCCCUACUGGCCCUGGCUAGCAGGCCAGUGCAGAAUAAGUCGUGGAGGUAAUGACACUUGCUUCCUAGAUGGGCUACUGGGCCCUCUUCUACCCUCUCUGCCACCACUGGGACCGUCCCCACUCUGCCUGGCCCCGGGUCCCUUCCUGCUUGGCAUGCUCUCCCAAUUGCCACGCUGCCAAUCCUCUGUGCCGGCCCUUGCCCACCCUACACGUCUGCAUUAUCUUCUGCGCCUGCUGACUUUCCUACUGGGUCCAGGGGCCGGAGGGACUGAAGCCCAGGGGAUGCUGGGUCAGGCCCUGCUGCUCUCCAGUCUCCCAGACAACUGCUCCUUCUGGGAUGCCUUCCGCCCAGAGGGCCGGCGCAGUGUGCUGAGGACAGUUGGGGAAUACCUGGAACAGGAGGAACAGCCCGAUUCACCAGGCUCCGACCUCACUGACAGCUCGAGCUCUGAAAUAAGCAAGAGGGAGCUGCUGGCCUGUUUCAGCCCUGUGCUGUGGGAUCUGCUCCAGAGAGAGAAGAGUGUGUGGGCCCUGCAGAUUCUAAUGGAGGCAUACCUGCACAUGCCCCCAGAAAAUCUCCAGCACCUGGUGCUUUCCGCGGAGAGGGAGGCUGCUCAGGGCUUCCUGACACUCAUGCACCGUUCCUGGUCCCAGCUGCAGGUACCACCAUCUGAGGAGCAGGCCCUUGGUCGCCUGACAGCUUUGCUCCUCCAGCGGUACCCCCGCCUCACCUCCCAGCUCUUCAUUGAUCUGUCACCACUCAUCCCCUUCUUGGCUGUCUCUGACCUGAUGCGUUUCCCACCAUCCCUGUUGGCCAACGACAGUGUCCUGGCUGCCAUCCGGGAUUACAGCCCAGAAAUGAGGCCUGAACAGAAAGAGGCUCUGGCAAGGCGACUGCUGGCCCCUGAGCUGUUCGGGGAAGUGCCUGCCUGGCCCCAGGAGCUGCUGUGGGCAGUGUUGCCUCUGCUCCCCCACCUUCCUCUAGAGAACUUUCUGCAGCUCAGUCCUCACCAGAUUCAGGCCCUGGAGGAUAGCUGGCCAGCGGCAGGUCUUGGACCAGGUCAUGCCCGGCAUGUGCUGCGUAGCCUGGUGAACCAGAGUGUCCAGGACGGAGAGGAGCAGGUGCGCAGGCUGGGGCCCCUCGCCUGUUUCCUGACCCCUGAGGAGCUGCAGAGCCUAGUCCCCUUGAAUGAUCCGAUGGGACCGGUAGAACAGGGGCUGCUGGAAUGUGCGGCCAAUGGGACCCUCAGCCCACAAGGACGGGUGGCAUAUGAACUUCUGGGGGUGUUGCGCUCAUCUGGAGGGGCUGUGAUGAGCCCCCGGGAGCUGCGAGUAUGGGCACCUCUCUUCCCUCAGCUGGGCCUCCGCUUCCUGCAGGAGCUGUCUGAGCCCCAGCUCAGAGCCAUGCUUCCUGUCCUGCAUGGAACCAGUGUCACACCUGCCCAGGCUGCCCUGCUGCUUGGACGGCUCCUUCCUGGGCAUGAACUGCUGCAACUGGACACUGCGGCUCUUCUGGCCAACCGAAGGCGCUACCGGGAGCUGCCCUGGUCUGAGCAGCAGGCCCAGUUUCUUUGGAAGAAGAUGCAGGUGCCCACCAACCUGACCCUCAGGAAUCUGCAGGCUCUGGGAACCCUGGCGGGGGGCAUGUCCUGUGAGUUUCUGCAGCAGAUCAACUCGAUGGCAGACUUCCUUGAAGUGGUACACAUGCUCUAUCAACUGCCCACUGGGGUUCGAGGAAGCCUGAGGGCCUGUAUCUGGGCGGAGGUACAGCGAAGGACGGCAAUGCCAGAGCCAGAGCUGACUACCUUGGGGCCAGAACUGAGUGGACUAGACACCAAGCUGCUCCUGGACUUACCGGUCCGGUUGAUGGACAAACUGUCCAAUGAAUCCAUUAUGUUGGUGGUAGAGCGGGUACGAGCUGCUCCAGAGCAACUGCUGGCACUGACCCCACUCCACCGGGCAGCUCUGGCAGAGAAGGCACUACAAAAUUUGGCUCCAAAGGAGACAACAAUCUCAAGGGAAGUGCUGGAGACAUUGGGCCCCUUGGUUGGAUUCCUGGGAACAGAGAGCACACGAAGGAUCCCCCUACAGAUCCUGCUGGCGCACCUCAGUCAGCUGCAGGGAUUCUGCCUGGGAGAGCCAUUUGCCGAAGAGCUGGGAUGGCUGCUGGCACAGGAGCCUCUUCUUGGGAAACCAGAGUUCUGGAGCCAGGAUGAAGUAGAGCAAGCUGGACGCCUAGUGUUCACUCUGUCUACUGAGGCGAUUUCCUUGAUCCCUAGGGAGGCCUUGGGCCCAGAGUCCCUGGAGCGUCUCCUAGAGAAACAGCAGAGCUGGGAACAGAGCAGAGCUGGACAGCUGUGUGGGGGGCCACAGCUUGCUCCCAAGAAAGCAGCUUUGGUAGCUGGAAUUGUACAGCCCGCUGUAGACUUUCUCCCAGAACCUGUGCCAAAUUGUGCAGAUGUACGGGGGACAUUUCCGGCAGCUUGGUCUGCAACUCAGAUUGCAGAGAUGGAACUCUCAGACUUCGAGGACUGCCUGGCACUCUUUGCAGGAGACCGGGGACUUGGGCCUGAGGAACUACGGGCAGCAAUGAGCAUGGCAAAACAGUUGUGGGGUCCCCCGCGGGGAUUUCGUCCUGAGCAAAUCCUGCAGCUAGGUCGGCUCUUAAUAGGUCUAGGAGAGCGGGAACUACAGGAGCUAAUCCUGGUGGACUGGGCAGUGCUGAGCACCCUGGGGCAAAUAGAUGGCUGGAGCUCAGCCCAGCUCCGAGUUGUGGUCUACAGUUUCCUGCGACAGAGCGGCCGACACAUGAGCAACCUGGACUUCCUUCACCUGACUGCACUGGGUUACACUCUCUGUGGACUUCGACCAGAGGAACUACAGCAUAUCAACAGUUGGGAAUUUAGCCAAGCAGCUCUCUUCCUGGGCCACCUGCGUUUCCAGUGCUCUGAGGACCAACUGGAGGUUCUGGCCAAACUCCUUGUGCUGCCUGGUGGUUUUGGCCCAGUCAGUAACUGGGGGCCUGAGAUCUUCACUGAAAUUGGUACAAUAGCAGCUGGGAUCCCAGACCUGGCCCUUUCAGCACUGCUGCGGGAACAAAUUCAGGGCCUUACCCCUCUUGCCAUUUCUGUCAUCCCUGCUCCUAAAUUUGCUGUGGUUUUCAGCCCCACCCAGCUAUCUAGUCUCACCAGUGUUCAGGCCGUGGCUGUGACUCCUGAGCAAAUGGCCUUUCUGAGUCCUGAGCAGCGACGUGCAGUUGCAUGGGCGCAGCAUGAGGGGAUGGAAAGCCCAGAACAGCAGGGUCGAAGCGCAGCCUGCGGCUUCCAGAACUGGUCACAGCCCUCCUGGAUCUUAGCAUUAGCCAUCUGCUUCGCUGGCAACCUGUUAUGA